UUUUUAAUCCCCGCACCAAGCGCUUAACCUCAUUGGGGUGGAGGAGAAGGCGGCGGCCGUCUGGUCCGCAGAGGCAACGGGAGCGAAUAAUACGGCCAAUGGACUGCUGAAUUAUGAAGUAUUUCAGACCCAGGAGGAGAGCGUCACUCUGCCACUCACUCCCUUCUCCUCUACUAGUUAUUUAAAUUGGACUUUUAAUAUCCUCCCAGCUGCUCUUCAGCCACACAUGGUGCAUUGCUGCCAUUCCCCGGAUUGCAUCUUUGACACACAAGCUCUUAGUAACCUUCAGCAAACAAAGAGGCCGCCUCUGGGGGCCGCUCACGGGGAGGGCGUCACCCCCACCGCCCUCUAGCUUCGCGGCUCUGGAUUGGAAUUCCGCCAUGGAGCCUCGCAUGGAGGCCUGCCUGGCACAGGUGCUGCAGAAGGAUGUGGGGAAACGACUGCAGGUUGGCCAAGAACUGAUAGACUAUUUCUCAGACAAACAGAAGUCUGCCGACCUCGAGCAUGACCAGACCAUGUUAGACAAACUUGUGGAUGGACUCGCUACCUCUUGGGUGAACUCUAGCAAUUAUAAGGUGGUUCUCCUGGGCAUGGACAUCCUGUCCGCGCUGGUCACCCGGCUGCAGGAUCGGUUCAAGGCGCAGAUCGGUACAGUGCUGCCGAGUUUAAUAGACAGACUGGGAGAUGCUAAAGACUCUGUGAGGGAGCAAGACCAGGCCCUGCUGCUGAAGAUCAUGGAUCAGGCUGCUAAUCCCCAGUACGUGUGGGACCGGAUGCUUGGCGGCUUCAAGCACAAGAACUUUCGCACCCGGGAAGGCACGUGUCUCUGUCUCGUGGCCACCCUCAACAGCUCUGGAGCUCAUACGUUAACACUAAGCAAGAUUGUGCCACAUAUAUGCAACCUACUAGGAGAUCCCAACAGCCAGGUUCGAGAUGCAGCAAUAAACAGCUUAGUGGAAAUUUACAGACAUGUAGGAGAACGUGUGAGGGCAGAUCUCAGUAAGAAAGGAUUGCCACAGUCCCGGUUGAAUGUAAUUUUUACAAAAUUUGAUGAAGUCCAAAAAUCUGGAAACAUGAUACAAUCUGCGAAUGAUAAAAACUUUGAUGAUGAAGAUUCUGUGGAUGGUAAUAGACCUUCUUCCGCCAGCUCUACGUCGUCCAAAGCUCCAGCAGGCUCACGGAGAAACGUUGGAAUGGGGACCACCCGUAGGCUCGGCUCCUCCUCUCUUGGAUCCAAGUCUUCAGCUGCAAAAGAAGGAGCUGGUGCUGUUGAUGAAGAGGAUUUUAUUAAAGCAUUUGACGAUGUGCCUGUAGUCCAGAUUUAUUCCAGCCGAGACCUUGAGGAGUCCAUAAACAAGAUUAGGGAAAUAUUAUCUGAUGACAAGCAUGAUUGGGAGCAAAGAGUAAAUGCUCUAAAAAAGAUUAGAUCUUUACUCUUGGCUGGUGCUGCCGAGUAUGAUAACUUCUUCCAGCACUUACGGCUUUUGGACGGAGCCUUUAAACUGUCCGCUAAGGAUCUACGGUCUCAGGUAGUGCGGGAGGCUUGUAUCACGCUGGGGCAUCUGUCAUCAGUGCUGGGGAAUAAGUUUGACCAUGGAGCUGAAGCCAUUAUGCCAACUAUCUUUAAUUUAAUUCCAAAUAGUGCCAAAAUUAUGGCCACCUCUGGUGUUGUAGCUGUUAGGUUAAUCAUUCGGCACACACACAUCCCUAGGCUAAUACCUGUCAUAACAAGCAACUGUACCUCCAAGUCUGUUGCAGUUAGAAGGCGCUGCUUUGAAUUUUUAGAUCUACUUUUACAAGAAUGGCAGACACAUUCAUUGGAACGACACAUAUCAGUAUUAGCUGAAACGAUAAAGAAGGGAAUACAUGAUGCUGAUUCAGAAGCAAGGAUAGAAGCCAGAAAGUGUUACUGGGGUUUCCACAGUCACUUCAGCAGGGAAGCAGAGCACCUGUACCACACGCUGGAGUCCUCCUACCAGAAGGCCCUGCAGACCCACCUAAAGAGCUCGGACAGCGUGGUGUCACUGCCACAGUCAGACCGCUCAUCCUCCAGCUCCCAGGAGAGUCUCAAUCGGCCGCUCUCUGCCAAAAGAAGUCCUACUGGCAGUACCACCUCCAGAGCUUCCACGGUCAGCACCAAGUCCGCAUCCACCGCGGGGUCCCUGCAGCGGUCUCGAAGUGACAUCGACGUGAAUGCAGCUGCCAGCGCCAAAUCCAAGAUCUCCUCGGCUGCCAGCACAGCGCCCUUCAGCUCGGCGGCGGCCUUACCUCCUGGCUCGUAUGCGUCCUUAGAGUCCAGACACAUGAGGGGAGACACGGAGCCCCUAGGCCUCGACUCAGGUCGGAUCCGCACGCGACGACAAAGCUCCGGGAGUGCCACCAACGUCGCCUCUACACCUUCCGACAGUCGGGGCCGCAGUCGUGCCAAAGUGGUCUCGCAGUCCCAGCCUGGCAGCCGAUCCAGUUCCCCAGGGAAAUUGUUGGGAAGUGGUUAUAGUGGCCUUGCUGGGGGUUCCUCAAGAGGCCCACCUGUGACACCCUCUUCAGAAAAACGAAGCAAGAUUCCCAGGAGCCAGGGAUGUAGUCGAGAAACAAGUCCAAACCGCAUAGGAUUAGCACGGAGCAGCCGUAUCCCUCGACCCAGCACGAGUCAGGGGUGCAGCCGCGAUGCCAGCCGUGAGAGCAGCCGGGAUACGAGCCCUGCUCGGGGCUUCGCGCCGCUCGACCGCUUUGGGCUCGGCCAGGCAGGAAGAAUUCCUGGUUCUGUGAAUGCCAUGCGGGUUCUGAGCACCAGUACAGAUCUGGAAGCUGCUGUCGCUGAUGCUUUGCUGUUAGGAGACUCCAGGAGCAAGAAGAAGCCUGUGAGGAGGAGAUAUGAGCCCUACGGGAUGUAUUCUGAUGACGACGCCAACAGCGACGCCUCCAGCGUGUGCUCGGAGCGCUCGUACGGCUCCCGGAACGGGGGUAUCCCCCACUACCUGCGCCAGACUGAGGAUGUGGCUGAGGUGCUCAACCACUGUGCCAGCUCCAACUGGGCUGAGAGGAAGGAAGGGCUGCUGGGUCUGCAGAACCUGCUGAAGAGCCAGAGAACGCUGAGUCGAGUAGAAUUGAAAAGAUUGUGUGAGAUUUUCACCCGAAUGUUUGCUGACCCUCACAGCAAGGUUUUCAGUAUGUUUUUGGAGACCCUUGUGGAUUUUAUAAUAAUUCAUAAGGAUGACUUGCAAGACUGGCUUUUUGUUCUUCUCACACAAUUACUGAAGAAAAUGGGAGCGGAUUUACUUGGAUCUGUGCAAGCAAAAGUUCAGAAAGCUCUUGACGUCACAAGGGACUCCUUUCCAUUUGAUCAACAAUUUAACAUUUUGAUGCGAUUUAUUGUGGAUCAGACUCAAACUCCUAACCUCAAGGUCAAAGUUGCAAUCCUGAAGUAUAUUGAGUCUCUCGCCAGGCAGAUGGACCCAACAGAUUUCGUAAACUCUAGUGAGACAAGGCUUGCUGUUUCUAGAAUCAUAACCUGGACAACAGAACCAAAGAGUUCAGACGUGAGAAAGGCAGCACAAAUUGUGCUCAUCUCUCUGUUUGAAUUGAACACUCCUGAAUUUACUAUGUUACUUGGUGCCUUGCCUAAAACAUUCCAGGAUGGUGCCACCAAACUCCUGCAUAACCACCUCAAGAAUUCCAGUAACACCAGUGUGGGCUCUCCAAGCAACACCAUUGGCCGGACUCCCUCCAGGCACCCCAGCAGCCGGACCAGCCCCCUGACCUCACCCACCAACUGUUCCCAUGGUGGCCUAUCUCCAAGCAUGCUGGACUAUGAUACUGAAAACCUGAACUCUGAAGAAAUCUAUAGUUCUUUGCGUGGAGUGACAGAAGCCAUUGAAAAGUUUAGUUUUCGAAGCCAAGAGGAUCUGAAUGAGCCCAUUAAAAGAGAUGGCAGAAAGGACUGCGAUAUUGUGUCCCGUGACGGUGGCAUCGCCUCCCCUGCCACCGAGGGCCGGGGUGGCAGCGAGGUGGUGGAAGGAGGCCGGACGGCUCUGGACAACAAGACUUCCCUCCUCAACACCCAGCCCCCUCGCGCCUUCCCAGGGCCACGGGCGCGGGACUACAGCCCCUACCCCUACUCGGACACCAUCAGCGCCUAUGACAAGACAGCCCUGAAGGAGGCCGUGUUCGACGACGACAUGGAGCAACUGCGAGAUGUGCCCAUUGACCACUCGGACCUGGUGGCAGACCUCCUGAAGGAGCUGUCCAACCACAACGAGCGGGUGGAGGAGCGGAAGGGUGCGCUGCUGGAGCUGCUCAAGAUCACGCGCGAGGACAGCCUGGGCGUCUGGGAGGAGCACUUCAAGACCAUCCUGCUGUUGCUGCUUGAGACACUCGGGGACAAGGAUCAUUCCAUCCGAGCACUGGCUCUCAGAGUGUUGCGGGAAAUCCUGAGAAACCAGCCAGCAAGGUUUAAAAACUACGCGGAGCUGACGAUCAUGAAGACACUGGAAGCUCACAAAGACUCCCACAAGGAGGUGGUGAGGGCUGCCGAGGAGGCCGCAUCCACGCUGGCCAGUUCCAUCCACCCAGAGCAGUGCAUCAAAGUGCUGUGCCCCAUUGUCCAGACAGCCGACUAUCCCAUCAACCUGGCCGCCAUCAAGAUGCAGACCAAAGUCGUCGAGAGGAUUGCCAAGGAGUCCUUGCUGCAGCUCCUCGCAGACAUCAUCCCAGGCCUGCUGCAGGGUUACGACAACACCGAGAGCAGCGUGCGCAAGGCCAGCGUGUUUUGCUUAGUGGCAAUUUAUUCCGUAAUUGGAGAAGAGUUGAAACCUCACCUGGCACAGCUUACGGGGAGCAAGAUGAAGCUGCUCAACUUAUACAUAAAGAGGGCGCAGACCACGAACAGCAACAGCAGCUCCUCCUCUGAUGUCUCCACCCACAGCUAAUGCAACGCCAGAAUCUCUGUGUAGCCCUGGAAGCAAUCGGUGGUGCCUCAGAGACCUCCCCUCCACCCCCCAUCGGCUGCCCAGUCAGGACCAGAGGCCUGCAAAUAUUUAUUACAAUCAGUAUUUUGAUCCCUUCCAGCUUUUGUGUAGAAUCAUACUGGUAUUGAAUGUAAGGGAAGCAAGGCCUGUAUUUCAUCUUCCUGCAGAACAGAAGGAAUAAGAAAAGAGCCAUACUCAAACCGUCUCGUCCAGCCUGCUGAGGUUGUAAAACCGUGUGUGUGGGGUGCAGUUCUUAAAAGUCAGAGCUCUCUAGCUGAUACAUGGUAGAAAGUAGCGUGUUCUCUUCAGUUAAUAACCAGGAGGUUUGAGGAGGCUGUAUUGAGUUGUGUUUCUCUUUCAUUCUGGCUCCCUUGCCUCUGGAUCUGGCCUGUGUGGGGGCCGAGCCCACGCCCUUCACAACUGACAGCACAAAAGGGUUUUAUAUGUUUUAGGUUGCAUUUUGAGACAGCAGCAGCAGCAAGAAUAUGAGUCAAGUCUUGGCAAGAAAUGCGAAAAAAGCCCAAAGAUGGCCUUUUAACGAACAUGUUAUAUUUUGCUUACACUCUGCAGCCUGGGGGCUGGCACCCUUCACUGCUUCCUUCCAGGAUGGGCUCCCGGCUCCUCCAAACAGCCCCACUGAGGCCACCCCUUCCCCAGAGCUGCCGGGGCAGAGAUCUGUGACAGUUGAGAUCCAAACACAGAAAUCAAGGUAAACAAUAGCCUCAGUUAGUGUGUGCUUGAAGUGGGACUUCACACAGCAUUGAAAACCCAAGAGGGGCUGCUGGGUUUACUGCGGAGAUCCUGGGAAGCACUACGGAAGAGCACUGCCCCUGGAGGCUCGGGUCUAGUGUCUCUUUUCCCCAAGCUGCACGAUUCCACAGUGUUCUUUCAGUCAGAUACUUGGCAACUCUGCCAUCUCAGUUUUGAUUUCUUUGUUUAAUUUGGGAUUGAGAUCAAAGAAAAAUCUAAAGAAACCAGGUUAUCAGGGUCAUUUUUUAAAUUUUGUGAACUGAAGUACUUCCUCGAUCAUCUGUUGAAAUAAUCACAGUUUAAGGAAAAAGUAAUUAUGAUGUGCAGCGAAUUGCAGAAAAACAGGAUUUGAACCAGUUUAGAGUCUGUUUUUCCUUCAGUGAGAAACUUACCCUUUAAAAUGUUUUCUUGAGGGUUACAUUGCUUCAGUAAAGGUAACUACAGAUCUCAAGUCUGUGUAACUUAAGUUUCAAGUAAAAUUCUUCAAACCAAAUGGAAAUUCUUUUUGCAAUCAUGGAAACAUUUUAGACUCUCUAAACUAAACUGGUUUUUCCAUAUUUCCUUAUGGAAAUUCGUUCAGUUCUUUUUCCCAUGCCUGUUCUGAUGUUAAUUUUUAAUGAGGUGUUUGCUGCUCAGGUGCAGAAUCUUGGCAACUGCCAGGUUGUAUGGUUCCCACCUCUGAGCUCUAGCUUGACGUUGGAAGUCGUGAAAGACACUGUAACAGAACAUAACUUGUUUUCAUUCAGGAUUUAUUUUAGAUACUUUAUUUGGAAAUAGGCACCGAAAAUGGAGGUCCAGGAGCAGUGAGGCUGGGGUGCCUUCACUGCGUGUGUGUGUGUGUGUGGGUGUAUGGGUGUGUGUGGGUGUGUGUAGGGGGUAUCCUGCACGUGUAGGAGGUGCCCUGCUGCUGCUGUUGAGAGAACUUCAGGGGUGUGUUUUAAGUGAUCAAACAUCGUUGACUCUUGGCUCAAAACAGCGGGACCAGGCCUUACUUCCAUUGAUAAAUACCGUUUGUUCAUAUGUCGCUUUUGGGGUUUUUUUUCUUACCCCCUACAAACAAGUCCAAGUGUCUGAUGACUUCUGGGGCAGAAACUGUGUUUUUUCCUGCCUAGUGUGUGUAGAAAGGCCUUUCUCCUUCAGCUCGUGGACACCCAGGUUGCUGCGGCCCCCUACCCUGAAGUCAGGAAGGACCUUGAGCAUGGCCGCGUGUCCUCCUGGCACUCACAAAGGGCUCGCCUUGAAUGUCACUUGCCCAACCUUGGUCUCCCAACGCAGAGGGAGCCGCCACCCCCAGGUCUCUGGGCCUCCUGGGAGGAGACUCGCAUGCAGCCACAACCUCAGGGGGCCACCCCCUCCAACCGACAGCUGCAACUGCCCUGCCUGGCCGCCGCCUCCCUGCAGGCCUCCUGUCUGGAUGAAACAACAGAACACAAGCGAGCAAAGCACCCAAAACUCGUGUCUGCCUCCCCGUUCGCCUGACUGUCCAGGGCUACGAGAAGCCCACUGGGGCCAGGUCGCCUGGCUCCUGCUUCCCCUCCCACUGUGGCCCACGGGAGGCACACGGCCUUCCUGGGGCACUGUAGCCACAGGCGCCUGCCACAGCCCCACUAGCUUCUCAGUCAUGCAGGCAAUGCAGCUGCGCCUGAUUUGUCUCCUAAAUCUUUUUCUUUCCCUGCCGCCCUUUAUUUAUCAAGCAUAAUAUUACACAUUAAAGAAGAGCAAAUAAGAACUUUGUAGAACCUCACCAGGACUUCGCUAAUGAUGAUAAUUUGAAAAUGAGAACAACGCUCUGAAAAAUAUCCACCACCAAAAUAGUUUUGUUGGCACUGUUCGCACGCAUGGUCCCCCACAUCCCCAGGUUGGGUUUUUGUUUUUUGGUUUUGGUUUUUUGGGGGGCUUUUUCAUGUUACAUCCAUAUCUGUAUUUAUAUCUUAUUUGUUUCACUUUCAAGUGUAUCAUGGCAAAUGUACAGAUUUCUUUUUUUUGUUAAUAAUGUGCUAGGAUUUGCUAAAAAAGGAAACACAAAAACCCUUUUGAGUUUGCCCUAGAAUAAAUGAGACC